AUGAAUUUUUUGGAAAAUGUUGGAAACCUUAAACUUGGCCAGAAAAAAUUCAUUUUUGAUAACUCUAGAUUGAACAUUGGUCCAAACAAGUCUUAUAAGUUGAUGAAAGAACAUCUUGGUAGCUAUGAUAAUAUAGGUGCAACAUUGAAUGAUUUCAAGAACUUUAAUCGAGAUUUGAAAGCUUACAUACAAAAGAAAGAUGCUUCGAUGUUUAUAAACAAUUUGAAAGAAAAAGCUGAAAACAGUGAAGGUACCUUUUUCUUUGAGCAUUGUAUGGAUGAACAUCAACGCUUGACAAGAGUAUUUUGGGCAGACGCAGUUAGUAGAAAAAAUUAUUCGUUGUUCGGUGAUAUGAUUACAUUUGAUACAACAUUUGACACCAACAAAUACUCUAUGGUUUUUGCCCCAUUUACGGGUGUUGAUCACCAUGGUAAGUGUGUGACUUUUGGGAUAGGCUUACUUGCAAAGGAGGAUAUUGAAUCCUUUGAAUGGUUAUUUGAAACUUUCUUAAAGGCAAUGAAUAAUUGUCAGCCUACCUGUAUCAUGACAUAUCAAGACCCUGCGAUAAAAGUGGCAAUUGAAAAAGUUCUUGAUAAGGCAAAACAUAGGUUUUGUAUGUGGCACAUUAUGAAAAAAGUGCCACAAAAGGUAGGGCCCAAAUUAUGCUUAGAAACUGACUUUCUUCAUAAACUGAACUCAGUUGUUUGGAAUAGAGACCUUGAACCAGAAGAAUUUGAAAUUGGUUGGCAGUCUGUGAUGUUUGAAUUUGAUUUAGUGAAUGAAGAUUGGUUUAAAAAUAUGUAUAAUAUAUGGAAUAUGUGGAUUCCUUCCUACUUUUGUGACCUUUUUAUGGGUGGGAUUUUAAGGACAACUCAAAGAUCAGAGAGUGAAAAUAGCUUUUUCACUAAUUUCACCAAUCAGCAUUUGUUAUUGGUUGAGUUGUGGUUUCGUUUAGAAUCUGCAAUAGAUGCUCAAAGGCACACACAAGACAAGUUGAAUGCUACUUCGAAAACUACACAUCCCCAACUUGUCACCCCCCUGCACUUGGAAAAGCAUGCUGCAUUUGUUUACACUCAUAAUGUAUUUUACAUAUUCCAAAAGGAAUUCAAGCAUGCUUUGUACAAUUGUUAUAAGUAG